AUGGCCUUUGGGAUCAUGUUUCCUGCAUCUCUCGCUGAGCAAGCUACAAGUGUCAUCCUCGUUCUUGCGCUCCUGUGGGCUGCUUCCAGUGUGCUUCGAUCGAAGAGUAUUGUACAGGCACUCCCCGUUCCCUCCGGAGCAGAAUGGGUUUGGGGACAUGAAAAGACCGUCUUCAUGAAGGAACCUGGCCGUGCCUGCCGAGAGUGGAUCCAUAUACACGGUCUAACAUUCAAGAUCAAGGCCGCUUUCAGAGUGGGUCAUGAUCUCCCCAGUUACUUCAUCCGCCAGGCUGACUUUACGCACCCGACGCAGGCACCGGACGUUCGACAGCUUGUUCUCGGUGAUCCCCUCGGGAUCACGCACAUUCUCCAAAAGAAAGUUUACGACUAUCCACACAGUGAAGUCGUUCGUCCUAGGGUUGCAAGACUCCUCGGUCAAGGACUAGGAUGGGUCGAAGGCGAAGCAGAACACAAGCGGAUGCGCCAUAUGGUCAGCCCGUCGUUCUCGCACGAAAACAUCAAAGCCAUGUCUCAGGAUAUCGCCGUAGCCUCGGUACAGGUAAUCGAUAAUCUCACUCUUGAAGUUCAAGGCAGUAGCGACGGCGCUCUUAUCAACGUUCUCGACUGGACAGCUAAGGCGACCCUGAACGUUAUUGGUCGAGUGGUAUUCCUCCAUGACUUUCAAGGUGGAAAUAGCGACGACGCGCAGCUCAUCCUUAAUGCGCGACGCCGUGGGGUCGGUCCCGUUCUGCAAUAUGCCGGAUUCCUGACGCUCAUGCUAUUGAGACGUUUCCCAAUCCUGAACAAGCUUCCGAUAUCAGCAAUACAGAGUCAAGGCCUCGCGAAGACGGUUAUACAAUCUGGUGUAGCGCACGAGAUGAUUCGGCGAAACGAGGCUCUUGUUGCCAACAAGCAGCUUCAACAGAAGGACCUCCUGACACGGCUUUUGUCUGCCCAUUCAACGGGCAAGCUCUCGCACGAAGAAUUGCUCGAACAGGUUGUGUCCGGGCACGAAACGACUACGCAAACGCUCGGCUUCACUGUCUUCGAGCUUGCGCGACACCCGGUUGUACAAGAACGCCUGCGCACUGAGCUCGCUGAGCUCGGGCACGAGCCAACCUAUGACGAUUUCCAGGCACGCCUCCCUUACCUCGAUGCAGUCCUUAAGGAAACUCUACGUCUCUACCCUGGGCUCCCAUAUAUGGAACGCACCGCUAUCCGCGCGGACGUCAUCCCGCUACGUGAACCAGUGCGAUUGUCUAGUGGCGAGCUCAUCUCUGCACUCCCUGUGUUGCCUGGACAGGUCGUCCUCAUACCGAUCAUCGCUAUCCAGCGAUUAGAUGCGGUUUGGAAGGACGCGGACACCUUCCGCCCUGAUCGUUGGUUGCAUGACCUGCCUCCUAGCGAGGCCCUAUGCACGGGCUGGGCAAAUACGCUGGCAUUCAGCGACGGGCCACGCAGCUGCAUUGGUAUACGUCUGGCAAUAUAUCAGUACAAGGUUAUCCUCACGCAAAUGAUGGAUCGCUUCAGUUAUUCGAGCUGUGUAGAAAUAUCUGCUAAAGUGUGGAAGAAUGCAAGCCUCAAUGCCCUUUCCCUGAUGCGUCGGAAGGUAUUCAACUCAAAGUCGACAAGCAUGUUAUGA